GAGGGCACGUUGCUGCGGCCGCCUUCGUCACCGACAGCGCUAAGCCAAAAAGGUCGUCCCGCGUUCUGUGCGAAUUCUUGCAGUGAAGUGGUACCUAUUGUCACUAUAGGUAAUCAAUAUGUGACUUUUAACUAUACAGUGAAACUAUAUUAGUAAAUUAGUGAUAACAAUUAGCACAAUUUAUUGUCACUCUUCUCUGGGUAUACUUUGACUCGCAAAUAAGAGAAUGGAGAGUUUCCGCGACCUCGUGGAGUCGAUGGAGAGCGACUUCCAGCGCGAGGAGAGGGCGCCCGCAACACGCCCUAAAGUGGAGCCUUCUGUGGAGGAGAAUGUGGACGUUGAUUCGCCAGCGAGUGGAGUGUCCUUCGGCUGCGAGGCGCCCGAAGUUGCGACGGAGGAUGGCGGCCGGGAGAGGGCGACGCUCGCCCUGCGCUGCGACAUGGAGAGGGCAAGCUGGGCCCGCUGGGAGGGGGGGAGAGGAGGAGGAGCCCUAGAAGCAAGAGAAGCAAGAAGAGGACAACGAAGAAAAACGGUAAAGCGAGAGCAUGAACCGGUGACGUGGCUGAAGGCGACGCAGCCAGGCUUUGUGUACGAGGCGCUGGCUCUCGCCUCCGCGGGGAGCGAGCGAGGACCCAAGCGGGGUCGGGGGGCGCCCGAGGGAGGAAGAUCCGCGCCAGAGGCCCAUCGAGGGAGGAGACAGGCGGAGGGGCAGGCGGAGGGGCACGCGCGACUAGGGGCAGGUCCACCUGGACAUCCAGACGCCCCGCACCCCACACCAGGUUUGCUUGGCGGUCAGAUGCUCUCGGGCAUCCGGAGGGCGAGUCAGAGCACCUCAAGGGACAUCCCCGAGGGCGUCCCGGCAGGGAAUACCAUCGGCCACGACGGAGGACUUCCUGAGACCACACUCACAUUCAGAUGCCAUCAGUGCCAGGCCAGUGCCCGGGACGCGAGCUCGCUCGCCCGCCACUGCCGCCGCCACAACCCGACGCGCCCCUUUGGCUGCGGGCUGUGUCCCUCGAGGUUCAACCAGCUGGUGCACCUCCAGAUACACCAGCGGACUCACACCGGCGAGAAGCCCUUCUGCUGCGACGUUUGCGGUGCCAGAUUCAGUCGGAAGGACAGGUUAAGAUCACACCAGCGAACCCACACGGGCGAGCAGCCCUACACGUGCCCCUACUGCGACGCCUGCUUCCGGGACACCGCCAGCCUGAAGGCGCACCUGAGAACCCACGCAGGCGAGAAGCCCUACGCGUGCCGCCUGUGCAAAGCUUCCUUUGUCAACCUCACAACAUUCACGAGCCACUGGAGGAUGCACAGCGCCGGCGAUUUGCAAUGAGAGGAUUAAUCAGAACUGUCAUUAGUUUGUUUAACACCACAGCCGGCUAUGGAUUGUGAGAAACUGAUGCUACGAGCACUGGAUCUCAUUUAGUAAUUUUAGCGGUGCACGGUAAGGUUUAACUUCAAAUGGUCGUGUUCUAUCGUUAUUAGGUCUGGCAGCGACUUACAUGUCUGCCUCACUUCUGUUCUCAGAGCAACCUGUUUCAACAUGCUCAAUUUAUUUAUUGAAUAUUUUCUGCUGCGCAACAUCUAAGGUCUUUAGCGGGGCCAGGUAAAGUUUUUUGGUUUGUGGAUUUCCAGAAUGGUCACUGGUCAAAACAAACAACUGUAGCAGGCAUCAAAAGUUACAAAGCAUUGUGGUAAAGUAUUGAAGCGAAAAGGGUAAAUAUGAGUUAACGAUUCGGAUAAGUGAACAGGAGAUGAAGAAAAGGAAAAGGAAAGGAGAAGAAAAUACCCUGCAAAAUUAGUUGAGGCAAGGGCUGAGGUCCAAGGCAGGGGUGAUCUCCACAGGGGCCUCAGUCUCCGCCUCCUAAGCCCCUGGCGACACCGAGCCCGCGAUGGGAAGGAACGGAAUUAACCCCGACCUUAACCAAGACUUUAGUAAAAGCUAGAUAAAGAUAUAGACAAGAGACAUACAUAGAUAUUGAUAAAUAAAUUAUAUACAGAUGUACAGCUAUACAGAUGGAUAGACGUUUUAUUUAUUUAAAAAAUUCUGUCGGGUCAACAUCUAAGGUCAUUAGCGGGUAUUCAGCGAUAGGGUGAUGCUUGGAGGCGAAGCCCCCGAGUAAGGACGUUUUUUGGUUCAUAAGGCGAUGUUUGUUAAUUCCUUGAGUGGUUAAUGGUUAAGACAAAUAAAUGUGCUAGACAAAGGUCAUAUAGCAUUUUAUCAUAAAGUAUUGCGGCGAAGAAGGUAAAAUGAGUUAAUGAUUAGGAUAAGUGGACUAAAGGAGAAGAGAAAGAAAAGGAAAGGGGGAGAACAAAAAGGCCAAGCAAAAUUAAUUGCAGCGAGGGCUGAGGUCCACGGCAAGGGCGACUGCCUACAUUGGGCCGCAGUCCCCAUCUCAACCCUACCCCCCGCCACACCAGAAGAAGCAGGGGAUUGGUAUUUGUUACUUUUUAUUAUUGUUCAUUCAGUAAACCUACAUUAGAGCACAAUCUUGAAUCUCUGAAUCUGUAACUAAUUGUACUAAGGUGAAAAAUGUGAACUUUGAUUGUAUAAUUUUCGUAAACAGUGCUUCUAUUGGGUAAAAAAAAAGAUACUGAAAGAUUUUUUAUUUUAAUAUUUACUGAUUAGGAGGGUACAAUACCAUUAUCUUCAAGAUUUGGGCAAUAUACAUAACUAUACAAAUACUGGAACUCAAAUGUACAAAAGGUAUUUUUCAGCCAACCAUUCUGUGCAGCAAUAUAUUCAAUACCAUAUAUACUGUAAUAUUAUAUACAUUUUUUUAUUAAAGGUACAUACACAGUAUGUUGAACAGUAUCCGCUGAUGACAAUAAAUAUUAAAAACCCUAAUCCAUUCAUUCAAGCAAAGUCUCUCACUCCAUGCCCGUGUCCUCUGAUGUGCACUUGUCCACCAGCCAACAACAAACAUUCCCCAGAGGUAUUCACAGAUGAAGAUAGAAAUGCGCAUUUUUUUACUAUUUUACCUCCUUUUCCUUUUAACCCAAAGGAUGCACAUCGGCACAGGUAAAAGAAAACUAAUGACUCGUAAAAUGAUAGCAAGGCAAGAAGAACCUGUAUAUGCAUAAUGAAAUGAAACUGUACAUGAUAUACGCAGCUGUUGCCCCUCGUUGAAGGGUAGCAGCUCUUUCCACCUUCUUCAUCACCUGCCUUGGAGUAUGACAAAACAUUUAAGGUCAUUAUGUACAACUGCAGAAUAUAUGCACAAGCAUUAGUGCACAUGAUACACACACAAAGACACACACAUAGUUCUGUGCAAAGCCUGGUUUUGCACACACACACUUUACUAUAGGAACAAUCUGGAUGAUUAGAUAAUGCAGUGAUAUUCCAGACAUUCCAAAAGUAGCCUGCUUUCAUGUGGAUGACUUCCAACAAUGGAAACUUAGAGAACUAUGCCCAAUAAUAACAGUAAUAAAGUGAUCAUCAUCAUAAUUCAUUUUUCAAUAGAAAAAUGUGUCUAUCAAUACCUGAUGUAAUCAAAUGUGAAAGAUUUGAAACAGAAAAAAGGUUUCAAAGAUAUGAAAAUUAAAAGUAAUGACUCACUUUAAAAACAGGAAUUAAACAAGGAAUGAAUAAAGGAAAAAAACAGAAAAAACUAAUGAAUAAUAAAUGUUUAUAUGUAUAUAUAUACACACUUAAAUAUAUAUCUUUAUUUAAACCAAAGGUAUUUUUAAGCAUUUACAAAAGUCUUUUUCAUUUCUUCUUUUCCAAACUUCUGCUCUAAUUCUAUGCAUAUACAAACAACACUACUUGCCCCCCCCCCCCCCCCUCUCUCUCUCUCUCUCACUCUCUCU